AUGGUCCUCCCGUUCUUGACCGGCACCCGGCGAGGGCGAUAUCUUAGUAUUGCUAUCCUCUUGACCGUAUUUGUCAUUUGGUUUGGAUAUCAGACGCCGCUAUCUACCGUCCGCCAGGCCCCCUUUGAUUUGCACAAGAACCCGUCCGGGGCACCCACCCCCGCGAAACCUCCUCAUGAUGAUCACACGUCGUCCCAACAUGACCAUUCCGCUCAGGAGGCGGAUGAAGUUGAAGACAACCGGUAUCCACCAACAUCGACGAGCGAUGAUGACGAUGAUGAGAGCAAUGGAUCCGAGACUGAGCCGGUCGAGAGCACCAGCACUACUGAGACAACUGAGGUAGCUAAGGCCACCGAGACCACGGAGGCUACGGAGGAUACGGAGACCGCAGAAGCCACGGGGGCUACGGAGGCCACGGAGGCCAUGGAAACUACGGAGGCAACGGAAGCUACGGAAGCUACGGAAGCCACAGAGACCGCUACGGAAGCCGCUGACUCGACUCCUGAGCCCACACUCCAGUGCGCCGACUUUGAGACAUUGCAGCGGCAGCGGCCCGGUCCACCAUCCGAGGGCAAACGCGAGUUUCCCUUUGUCCGCCCACCGCUCGAAUGCAGAAAGUUCCCCCUACCUGCUCUGGAGGAGAUGCUCGAGCGCAUGAAGAAGGUGAUCCGCGACCCGGAUCUGUUCCGGUUAUUCGAGAACAGCUAUCCAAACACACUCGAUACCAUGGUCAAGUGGCGCGGUUUUGCGAAGAAGAAGAACGAGACUAGCGGCGAGGAGGUCGAGACGGACGAGGAGCUGACGUACGUCAUCACGGGUGACAUCGACGCCAUGUGGCUACGCGACUCGGCAAGCCAGGUGUAUUCGUAUCUGCCUCUUCUGGAAGCUUCCGAUGACGCAGACUCGUUAGCCAGUCUCUGGCGCGGCCUAAUCAACUCGCACUCGCGGUACAUUAUCAUCUCGCCCUACUGCCACUCGUUCCAGCCGCCACCCGAGAGUGGUAUCAAGCCAACGCACAACGCUGCAUAUAACCAGAACCGUCCUAUGCCGGCGUACGACCCGGCGCUCGUGUUCGAUUGCAAAUGGGAGCUUGACAGCCUGGCCUCCUUCCUCCAGGUCAGCACCGCCUACUACACCCGCACCGGUGACCUCGACUUUUUCGGCAAGUACUCUUGGGUCAACGCCGUGGAGGCCGCCGUCGACGCAUCUGCCGCCAUGCGUCUGGGCACUUACGACAAGGACGGCCGUGUACUCCCGUCGGCCUGGACCUUUACAGGCUGGACAAACCGCGGGUCUGAGACGCUCACUAACGACGGCCUCGGAAACCCGGUCAAGGAGAACGGCAUGGUGCGCUCGGCGUUCCGCCCUAGCGACGACGCCUGCAUUUUCCAGCUUCUAACACCCAGCAACAUGAUGUGGGCCGCCUACCUGGAACAGGCGUCUGUGAUUAUGCAGGGGCUGGCGGACGGGGAGCUCAACGACAAGGCGGCCAACCUGACGCUCGAGAUGCGCAAGCUCGCUGGGACCAUCCGCCAGGGCAUCGCGCUCGACGCCGUGGUCACUCACCGCGACUUUGGCGAGAUCUUUGCGUACGAGGUAGACGGAUACGGCGGUGCGAACUUGAUGGAUGACGCCAACGUCCCCUCGCUGCUGGCCAUGCCGCUGUGGAACUACACCAAGCCAUUGAAUGCGGGCAAGCAGAUGACCAAGUCGGUGAAGAACUCCGCUGCUGAGAACGACACCACCGGCACAGAAACCGCAGACCACACCGAACCGUCGUUAAUACCGCGAAUCGAUGUCACCGCCACGGAAACCGAAGAUGACAACAGUGAACCAUCAGCCCUCCCCCGAACCGAUUCCACCACCGACUCAACAACAGACGCCGCCGCCGCCGACAGCUCCAUCACCACCACCACCACCACCACCACCACCGAAGAAGACCACGACUACGCCCUCAUCUACCAAAACACGCGCAAAUUCGUGCUCAGCCUCGCCAACCCGUACUUCGCCAAAGGCCCCGCCCUCUCCGCCGUGGGCGGCCCGCACCUCGGCCCCGGGCGGGGGUGGCCCAUGGCAGCGACCAUCGCGGCGCUGACGGCCUUCGAGGAAAUGGCCGGGUUCAGCUCCCAAGAGGCGCGCGACGCGGCCGUGGCGGAACAGCUGCUCGCGGUGCUUAACUCGACCGACGGCCGCGGGGUGGUGCACGAGACGGUCAAUGCGUGGAACGAGAAGGAGUGGACGCGCCCGUGGUUUGGGUGGGCGAAUGGCCUGUUUGGGGAGCUGAUUAUUCGGAUUGCUGAGGAUGAGAAGAGCAGGGGGGUGCUGGGUGAGGAGAGCGGGUUGUUGGGGCGGUUGUGGCAGGAUUGA